AUUCUCGGCAAGAAUAAACGUAAUGUUAUUUCCUUCAUAAUGUUUAAUUAUUCCUUUAAGUUAAAGGUUCAUUUAAAGGGCAAAUUGUCGCUUUUUGAAGCUAUUAUAGAGUUUAACGUUAGCCAUAUUUUCAGUUUUUCACCUCCUAACAUUUACUGUAAAGUCACAUUACUGUCUUAUUAAGCAGCCUACAUUAACUGCAGGUCAGUGUGCGGAUAUUUUACACAUUUUACAGUCAACAUAUCUUUUUUUCCAAGAAGCUUAUAAACAGUUAUUUUCCGGUUGUCUUCUCCACCAGGCACCGAUCCUGCUUAUGAAAUAAGUGAAGUUCACUUUUUUUUGGGCUUUAUGCAAGAGCCGGUUACAGAACCAUCCAUGAAAGGGUUAGUGUCUUUCCAGGGAAUAAAUCCAGCCCACUUCUUCCUCUUCCUCCUCCUCUUCCUCCACCUCCUCCUUCUCCUCUUCUUCAGUGAGGGCUGCACAGCUGGCAGUCUACAGACAGUAACUCUGUGAGGAGGAAUUGGAGGCUGCUAGCUGGACCACUGAGGAGAUGAAUUAGCACUGUUAGCAUUGUUGGGAUAUUUAUUCAUCUUUAGUCUUUUGGGGGGUUCAGUUUGUGAACUUCUGGGAUCAACCAAGACCCAGCUGCCUCCUCUCUCCACUGGAACCGUUAUAACCUCCUCAUACUGGGAACAUAAGCUGAAACAAUGGAGAAGUCAAGACGCAGGCAACAGUUAGCAUUCAGCCUUCUGUUUGGGUUGUGGUUACCUUGCUGUUUGGCCCUGACCACACCAUCAAACGCAGCCACUCGGACACCCACGCGAGCGACCACCCGACCACUCACGCAAGCACCCACGCGAGCACCCACCCGAGCACUCACGCAAGCACCCACGCGAGCAGUUACGCAAGCACCCACGCGAGCAGUCACGCAAGCACCCACACCAUUACCCACACCGUCCCCGUCUGCCCAGACUGAACGGCUAAAGGUCAGAAUGUCUGGAUACCCCCGAAAACACAACGAGGGUCGGAUAGAGCUUUUCUACAAGGGAGAGUGGGGAACCAUCUGUGAUGACGACUUCUCUAUAACUAACGCCAACGUGCUCUGUCGCCAAAUGGGCUUCGUGGAAGCCACAGGAUGGACGCACAGUGCCAAAUACGGCAAGGGCCAAGGGAAAAUCUGGCUGGACAACGUGAUGUGUAGCGGAGGUGAGAAGAGCAUUGAGUUGUGCAAGUCUCGCGGCUGGGGCAACAGUGACUGUACUCACGACGAGGACGCUGGAGUUGUUUGCAAAGACGAGAGGAUUCCUGGCUUCGUGGAAUCAAAUGUCAUUGACGCUCAGGUGGAUGAGUACAAGAUAGAGGAGGUGCGGCUCCGGCCCGUGGUCGCCAUGACCAGAAAGAAGCUGCCCAUCACGGAGGGUGUGGUGGAGGUGAAAUACAAAGACGGCUGGGCGCAGAUCUGCGACCUGGGGUGGACGAUCAAAAACACACACGUGGUCUGCGGCAUGCUGGGAUUCCCGCAUGAGAGGAAAGUCAACAAGAACUUCUACAAGCCGACAUCCAAAGCUAAAGCUAAUUCUAAGUCUAAACAGAGCAGCCCUGGCAAAAGGUUGUAUUUGGAGCGUCAGAAGAGCCACUUCCACAUCCACUCAGUGGCGUGUUUGGGCACUGAGAUCCACCUGGCAGCCUGUCCUCUGGAGUACAACAAGCCCAACGCCUCAUCCAUCUGCCAGGGCGGCAUGCCGGCCGUCGUCAGCUGCAUGCCGGGGCCGCAGUUCUUGCAAAACAACAACUUGAAAAAGAAACCUAAAACUUCGAGCAACGUGAGGCUGAAGGGCGGUGCCAGGCUGGGCGAGGGUCGGGUGGAGGUGCUGAAAGACAACGAGUGGGGAACCGUGUGUGACGAUCGCUGGAACCUGCCGUCGGCCAGCGUCGUCUGCAGGGAGCUCGGCUUCGGCAGCGCCAAGGAGGCCAUCACCGGAGCUCGCAUGGGACAAGGGAUUGGUCCGAUCUACAUGAACGAGGUGAAGUGCGUCGGUGUGGAGAAGUCCAUCUGGAACUGCCCCUUUAAAAACAUCACAUCAGAGGACUGUCAGCACAUGGAAGACGCUGCUGUCCGCUGCAACGUGCCCUACCUGGGACUGGAGAACUCGGUCCGACUCACAGGAGGGCGGACCCGUUACGAGGGCCGCCUGGAGGUGCUGGGCUUAGACUCUAACGGGACGCAGAGCUGGGGUCUGAUCUGUGGAGAGACCUGGAGCACCAAGGAGGCCAUGGUGGUCUGCAGGCAGCUGGGCUUGGGCUACGCUAACCAGGGCGUGCAAGAAACGUGGUACUGGGACAGCAGUAACGUGACGGAGAUGAUAAUGAGCGGCGUGAAGUGCACGGGGAGCGAGAUGUCUCUGAGUCAGUGCCAGCAUCACAAAACGGUCAGCUGCCAGAAAGCGGCGGCUAAGUUUUCAGCGGGAGUCAUCUGUUCUGACACGACAUCCGACCUCGUCCUGAACGCCCCUCUGGUCCAGCAGACGGUUUACAUCGAGGACCGUCCUCUGCACAUGCUCUACUGCUCCGCCGAGGAGGACUGCCUCUCAAAGUCUGCAGCCAAAGCUAACUGGCCCUACGGACACCGACGUCUGCUGCGCUUCUCCUCCCAGAUACACAACAUCGGCCGGGCCGACUUCAAGCCGAAGGCCGGGCGCCACUCGUGGGUCUGGCACGCCUGUCAUGGCCACUACCACAGCAUGGAUAUUUUCACCCACUAUGACCUGCUGAACGGCAACGGUACCCGAGUGGCCGAGGGACACAAAGCCAGCUUCUGUCUGGAGGACACUGACUGUCAAGAGGGAGUUUCUAAGCGGUACGAGUGCGCCAACUUUGGCGAUCAGGGCAUCACGGUGGGCUGCUGGGAUCUGUACCGUCACGACAUCGACUGCCAGUGGAUCGACAUCACAGACGUCAGACCUGGAAACUACAUUUUGCAGAUUGUUAUCAAUCCAAAUAUGGAAGUGUCUGAAAGCGACUUCACCAACAACGCCAUGAAAUGCAACUGCAAAUAUGACGGCCAUCGAAUCUGGCUCCAUAACUGCCACAUUGGUGAUGCGUUCAGUGAGGAGGCAGAGAGGAGGUUUGAGAAAUACCCCGGGCAGCUGAAUAACCAGAUUCCUUAAUCAACAAUCAUUUCACAACAAAUAUGAGAUACACAGUCGGGGAAUAAAAACACACCUCACUAGCUCAAAAAUACAAGACACAAACCCUUCUUAUUUUCAGGUACCAAAGUGGAUUCCCCCUCAUAUUAUUUGGAGUCAAAGAAGAAGCCAACAGUAUUUUCCUGCGGUGAAUGUGUCGUAUAUUAUACUUGAAUCUUCAAGUGCUAAUGUGAGCUGAUGCUAUAUUUUUAUUACAAUGAAUGUUAUGAAUGAGGUGUUAUUUUUGUUAUUUUUUUAUAACCUGUUUUUGAUUGUUUUAUUUGGAGCAAACAGGUUCAGAACUACCUGAGGUGUCAGCAUUAGCUUUAACACAUUUAAAAACUGAGGCAGGAACAGGAACUAAUGCAGCUCUGUGGAAGUCUUACUGGUCCAGAGUGAAACUUCAUACUGGGUAUUAUGGACAGAAGAGGUAGACUCCCAUUUCUGAUUUCCUCAGAGCAAAACAGUAACUAUUACCUGGACAUUUCACUCUGGAUUGAAGGUUUUCACAUCAAUUACUGUUCAGUUUUCAGCCAUCUUGUUCACAGAGAUAGUUUUGGUCAUAACACGCCUGCCUCUAUAUUUUCUUGUGAAUGUAUUUAUUGCGUAUAUCAAGGUGCUCAAGAACAACACUUGGUCGUUAGCAUUAUCAUCAGUUUGCUUUGGAGCCAAUUUGAAGCAAUCUGUAGCUUUAGUCUGUAUGUAUUAUAAUUAUUAAUAGUCAUUUAGGGUCAGAUCAUAGAAACUACAAUUACCCUCAAGAAUGUCUGUAUGUAUGCUGAUGUAAUCACACCCGCUGCACCGAAUAAAAAGGAGAGGAAGAAUAA